AUGCCCAAUUUCGCCGGCACCUGGAAGAUGCGCAGCAGCGAGAAUUUCGACGAGCUGCUCAAGGCGCUGGGUGUGAACGCCAUGCUGAGGAAAGUGGCCGUGGCGGCUGCGUCCAAGCCGCACGUGGAGAUCCGCCAGGACGGGGAUCAGUUCUACAUCAAGACAUCCACCACGGUGCGCACGACUGAGAUCAACUUCAAGGUCGGCGAAGGCUUUGAGGAGGAGACAGUGGACGGACGCAAGUGCAGGAGUUUAGCCACUUGGGAGAAUGAGAACAAGAUCCACUGCACACAAACUCUCCUCGAGGGGGAUGGCCCCAAAACCUACUGGACCCGCGAGCUGGCCAACGACGAACUCAUCCUGACGUUCGGCGCCGAUGAUGUGGUCUGCACGAGGAUUUAUGUUCGGGAGUGAAGGCGGCUGGCUUGCUCCUGCUUUGGGGAUGGAUUCAUGUUCCCCCGAGGAAUGUCAUAGUUCUGAGCUGCCAGUGGACCUCCUCUUCCCCAGUAUCAACAUUAGGUGAUCCCGUUUUCCCCACGAUAAUGCUGUAGUGUUUCCCCCCAAGGCUUCGUGCCUCUGUG